AUGUACCAAGGGGUCCCUGUCGCGGGUUGCUUGCGGCAUCUCAGUUCAGACGGGAGCGUGGGCUGUCAGACGCAGCCAUCGACAACGGGGAUUCUGUACAAGAUUGAGGAUCAACCGGGCUUGGAUUCUUUUAUAACCGACGCCCCGAAAGGGAAAUAUGCCGUUGUCAUGCCCUACAGCGUAUUCAUACCAGCAAACGUUAUCAAGCUCAGACAAUCUGGCAAACUGGCUGGGAUCAUUCUGGUUAAGAGCGGCCUUGGGUUUCAAAGGCCGUCGGCGUUCUCAGUUGAUGAAACAUGUCCGAACUGCAAGUAUGGCUUGUAUGGACGUGAUGCGCCCAGCUCAUGGCAUCAAUGGAAUCCGAAUGGCAAUUCGAUAGCAUAUCACGAGUACGAUUUCCCCAUCUUUGGGAUCAUGGACGUAGCGAAUGCGUCGCAGAGUGUCCCGCCCAUCGAAACGGCCUUGCAAGCGAAUGCAGCUAGCGGCUAUAGCUCUUUCCCGCUGUAUGCGGUGGAGUUCGAUGCCUUCAUGUAUGGCGCACAGAAUACCGAAACGUGUCUGCGACGAGAUACCUGCAGACCGGUUGGAGGUGUCUCUGUCUGGGCGAGCAUGCCCAGCUACAUCAAUAAGACCGACGAUAGGAGACCGAUCAUCAUAGUGUCAAGCAAGAUGGACAGCCGCGCCAUGAUCAACGACUGGGGUCUGUUUUCAUCGUCUCCCGUGUUUUCAAUCGGCGCCAAAUCCUCGAAAACUGGGCUGGUCACAGUGAUGGCGAUUGCGGAUGCCAUAAGCAAGCACCUCCAAAAUGCAACCGCUCCACUCGUGAAAGAUCUGAUCUUUACGUUCUUUGACGCCGAGUCGUGGGCCUUUGCAGGAUCUGAGCGCUUCGUGGAGGAUAUCAUCCAACCUGUGACAUGCAAAGAGAAGAAUGGCGCGACAAGUGCGUGUCCCGUGAAAGGGAACGAAUGCUCAAAUCCAUGUUACUUCGACCUUGACUUCAACAAAAUCAAAUGGGACAACAUUGAAGGCAUUGUAGAGUUCGACACGAUUGGAGCAACACAGGCUGGCGGCGCAGAUAUUUACAUGCAUGUCGACGCUCAAAAUGCCGCCACAAACUCUUUGGCGGCUACAUUCGCGGGGACGUAUCCCGCCGCGCCAUAUCGGAAUAGCUCCGUUACUUCCGUCAAUCUCCAGGCAGCGGCGCAAAAUGGCGUAAAUAACAGACUGCCACCUUCAAGUGUGAUGGCUUUCCUGAAGAGGAAGAGCAUUCCGGCCGUUGUCAUCAGCGAUUACAAAGAUGCGUUUAGCAACCAGUUCUACAAUACGGAGUUCGAUGAUGCCACGACUUUGGACGAUUCCACAGUGUCGGCAAUGUGUGCAGUGGCGUCUGCGGCUGCUAGCAGCCUGUAUGCCAACGCCAUUGGCAACAUCACAAAACCAAACGUGACAGCAGAUUGCGGCCUUAUUUCUGACAUGAUGUUCUGCUUCACGCAAAACCUCUCAUGCCCGCUGCUGACGCCCUACUAUCCUGAGAUCUCUAAGUUCCACAUAACGCAGGAAUCGACAUACGCAGGAAUCUUUGAUUACGAUACUAGUGUCUUGGCGUAUGUGAUCAAUAGAUUCAUGACGGACCGAACGGCAACGAAUGUGACAGGCGUAUGUCUGAAUGACAACGAUUGCGAUGUGAGCCAAUGUGUGCUGGGCUUCUCGAGAUACCAUUGGGCAUACGGAACUGGACUACAGAUGAAUUACGGGACCUCCCAAUUCGGAGUGGUUGACCCGGCCAAAGGCACCUGGGUGCAAAGUACAUAUCGAGACUAUGGUGGGGUACGAAUGAGAGUAUUUCUAGUCCAAUCAUCCUUAUAUCAAGGCAUGCAACUGGGAGUCGGCCUAGCAUUGACGCUCCUCUCAAUUGGCGUAUUAUUCUCCCUUCGGGUAUACUCCAAGCGGCGAUUCAAAAGUGACUAA